AUGGAAGACAUACCAAGUACGUCCGAUCCAGAGUGGGAGAACAUAGCUGCCCAACUAAACAUAGCUAUACCUAUCAAUGAGAUCGAAACAUCUGAUGUUUUAGGGAAACUGCUUAACUCAGUAGAAAAGUGGGAAGAGUUCUACAAACUCUCUGCCAAAUGGACAGGAUUUAGCAUAAGAAGAGAUGAUGUCAAACGUGUUCAAGGGCAUAUAACAAUGCGUAGAUGGGUUUGUUCCUAUGAGGGUUAUCGAAGAGAAAGCUCUUCAGAAAGGCCACGAAAAAAAAGACCACACCCUCUCAUGAGAACUGGUUGCCAAGUUGCAUUGCGCGUGGUUAGAGUGGCUGGUGCAAAACGUGAAGAGAAGAUAAAAACCGACUCUGAAAGGGCAUUAGGCUUUCUUGAUUGCCUCUCUAAGAAGGAUCCCAAUUUCUUUGUGGUAUAUCAGGUUGAUGAGGACAAUUGUCUUGCCAACUUAUUAUGGCCUGAUGGAACCUCGCACUUGGAUUAUGUUGCCUUUAGAGAUGUACUGGGGUUCGACACCACAUACAUGACCAACGAAUACAAUAAGCCUCUCACCGUUAUGGCUGGUGUCAACCACCAUUUCCACACCUAUAUUUUUGGGUUUGCUCUUCUACUUCAUGAGAAGCAAGUCUCUUACUCGUGGCUUCUCAGAGUUUUCCUAUAA